AUGAAAAGUGUAGUGCGCCGACUCUGUUUAAAUGACUUUUGAAACAAUUCGGGAGUUCAUACUUUCGGCACGGGGUUCACAACAAGUCCCUACCCACUCAGAAUCAAUAAAAUAUCCGUAUUGGUUAGUCUGAGUGGCUCGGGUAGUUUUAUUUGCGUCUCAUUAUUUGUUUCCAUAGUAGCAAUUUAAAGUGACCGGCGACGGACGUCAGCGUCGAUUAAACACCGGAUGUUAUUUAGUUCCACUACGGAUCCCUAAAAACCAACUGUUGAAUCAUUUUAAUCAACGCGUAACAUUUGUUAAUAAAGUAAAUAGUUAGCCAGUAUUGUGUUUAUUCUCAACAAGAUGAAGUGUUAUUUAAUGAUAUUCAUUUUUCUAUUGGCCGUGUUUGGUUGUAGCGGUAAAUCUAAAAAACACUAUUCGCCCCCGCAUUGCACACAAGUGACUAAAGAUACAGACUACCUAUCCAAGUUUAAGUAUGACUACCCAAUCGCUUAUAUUCAGCCAGGCCAAAGAGAAGCUUAUCAACAACUCUUCUGCGUAAAUCCGCCAACAGUGCACAAGGCAGUCACUACAGUUUGUGACUGGACAGCUCCCCCACAAGUGCAGUUCACUCUGGGCGAUGAGUACAUGCAUGUCGUACGCCAAGACCCAACGGGCCACUACAUCGGAAACGCCGUCAUAACGACCUACCAACUUUGUAACCAUGAUUUAGCUAACUUUACUAAUUCGGUAGUAGUUUCGGCUUUGUAAGUUUAGUCACUGACUCUUUGAGAAAUUAAAUAAAGUGAUAUUUUAGGUGCUGUUUAGUCCCCGCUAAGAUAUAGGUAA